AUGUCAUCUUCAAGCUCUAAUAGCAACGAUCAUGGUGAAUCUGCUUCAAGAAACAACAAUAAAGGUUAUCAAAAUGAUAUCCUAAACCCUUAUUUCAUGCAUCCCAAUGAAAAUCCUUCUUUGACUCUGGUUACACCAUUACUUUCCAAUAACAAUUAUCACUCUUGGUCGCGCUCCAUGACCAUGGCUCUUCGUUCUAAGAGCAAAUUGUAUUUCAUCAAUGGUGUUUUACCACGACCUUCUGAUCUUGAUCCAAAUUCCAUAGCUUGGGAUAGAUGCAACACCAUGAUCAUGUCUUGGAUCAAGAAUGUUGUAGAAGUUGAAAUUGCUCAAAGUAUUCUUUGGAUGGAGAAUGCUGCUGAUAUGUGGAAUGAGCUCAAGGAGCGUUUUUAUCAAGGCGAUGUUUUUAGAAUUUCUGAUAUCCAAGAAGAAAUCUACACAUUGAAACAAGGUGAUGCUUCUGUUUCUUCAUAUUACACAAAACUGAAUAUUUUAUGGCAAGAACUAGAUAAUUUUAGACCUAUUCCUGAAUGUGAAUGUGAUACUACUUGUCUUGCCAUUACCAAGAUUAGUGCUUACAAAGCUAGUGAUCAAGUAAUUCGUUUCUUAAAAGGGCUGAAUGAUCAAUACUCUGCUAUUAGGUCACAAAUAAUUCUUAUGGAUCCUCUCCCUAGCAUUUGCAAAGUAUAUUCCUUCCUUGUUCAACAAGAAAGACAAGCUAAUCUUCCCAUUGAUGAGUCCAAGAUUUUUGUCACUCCAUCUUCUGAUCAGCAUCAGACUAAUCGUGAUACUCAGUCUAAAUCAUAUUCCAAUAUGCGUGGUAGAGGCAGCACUAGAGGAGGCAGAUCUUCUGGUGGCAGGGGCAGAAAUAAUCGUGUUUGCACACAUUGUGGCAUGACUAAUCACACCAUUAAUACUUGUUUUAAAAAACAUGGUUAUCCUCCUCAUUGGAAGCAUGAAGGUGCAAUCAAUCAAUGCAAUACUGCAUCUGAUAAACCUGAAAACACAUCAGGAUCUGAUAUUGAAGCAAGUGCACCAGCAUCUCAUGGUUUGGCUUUUACACCAGAGCAGCAUCAAACAUUGCUAGCCUUACUUCAAGGCUCAUCACACUUGCAAUCUCAUACCACUAACCAGUUAACCUCUCAAACUAAUCUUGGAUCAGGUACUAUCUGCAUUAUCCCAAAUUCCUUUCAUGCUGCAUCAUUCAUAUUAGAUACAGGAGCAACUGAUCAUGUUUGUUUUACUCGUGAAUAUUUUCAGUGUCUUAAGCAAAUUAAGCCCAUUACCCUCAAACUCCUAAAUGGCAGUCUUGUUACCACUAAUCUUUCAGGCACUAUUCAGUUUAACAACAAUUUUUACAUCAUUGAUGUUCUUUAUUUACCUAAUUUUGCUUUUAAUCUCAUUUAUGUCACAAAAUUAACCAAAUUACUCAAUUGUCAACUUGUUUUUAAUGAUAAUUCAUGUACUGUACAGGAUAAGUUUUCUCUGAAGAUGAUUGGCACAACUGAGUUACAUGGUGGAUUAUAUCUCUUGACCUCUCCUUCAGUUACAUUACCUAAAACACCUCCCAUACAUUGUAUCAAUUCUUCUGUUAAUAAUUCAAAUAGUCAUUAUCCUGAAUGUAGCCUAUGA